AUGUCGAAAGGACAUGGGAGCGAUGGAAGAAGCAAUCGGCAGCGCAGCUGCGGGUGUGAAGCUCUGUGCACUAGGGAUAAUGAUGAGACAGCAAAAGAAGAGAAAGCACCUGUGAAAGAGAAGUACGUUGCAAAACCGAAGGCCAUCCCUUCUCUUGGAAACAAGAAUAGAUUCCACCCCUAUUCAAAGGACAAGAAUGCAGGCACUGGAGAGAAGAAGGCUAUUAAUCGUAAUAGAGUUUUUAUUAGCAACAUCCCGUAUGACAUGAAAUGGCAAGCUAUUAAAGAUCUUAUGAGAGAGAAAGUUGGUGAGGUUACAUACGUGGAGCUGUUUAAGGAUGCUGAAGGAAAAUCAAGGGGUUGUGGUGUGGUUGAAUUCAAAGACGAAGAAUUUGUUAAGAAAGCGUUAGAAACUAUGAACAAAUAUGAUCUUAGUGGAAGACCCCUGAAUAUUAAAGAGGAUCCCGAAGGUGAACAUGCUCGUAGGGCAUUACAGCGUGUAGGAGGACAGUUUCCAGGAGGACAUGGACCUGAUGUGGCACCUGGAAUAAUGAAUUUACCACCUUCUAUUCUCAAUAAUCCAAACAUUCCUCCUGAGGUUAUCAGUAACUUGCAGGCAGGCAGGCUUGGGUCCACUAUUUUUGUUGCUAAUCUUGACUUUAAAGUUGGCUGGAAGAAACUGAAGGAGGUGUUCAGCAUUGCUGGAACUGUAAAGCGUGCAGACAUCAAAGAAGAUAAGGAUGGCAAGAGUCGAGGAAUGGGAACGGUUACCUUUGAACAAGCAAUUGAAGCUGUUCAAGCAAUAUCUAUGUUCAAUGGACAAUUCCUGUUUGAUAGACCCAUGCAUGUAAAAAUGGAUGACAAAUCAGUUCCUCAUGAAGAUUUCCGUGUUGCGGACAGCAAAACUUCACAAUUACCUCGUGGUCUUGGUGGCAUUGGUAUGGGACUUGGACCAGGUGGACAGCCCAUCAGUGCAACACAAUUGAGCAUGGGUGGUGGAAUGGGGAGCAUGGGUCCAGGAGGUAUGGGAAUAGAUGGUCCAGGAUUUGGCGGAAUGAAUAGAAUGGGAGGCGGACUUGCUGGAUUUCGGGGAAUGGAAGGAAUGCCUAGUAUGGGAGGAUUUGGAGUCAACCGAAUGGGAGAAAUGUUCCGUGGUGGAAUGGGAGGAAACAUGGACAGAGAUUUUGGUCGUAGUGACAUGGCAUUGAACCGUGGUUUUGGAGAUUCUUUUGGAAGGAUGGGUGGUGCAAUGAUUGGUGUUUUUGCAGGAGGAAUGGGAGCGCCUAGCAUGGGCCCAGUAAGAUCUGGAAUGAGUGGUGGAAUGGGUGGUAUGAACAGUAUGGCUGGAGGAAUGGGAAUGGGGAUGGAUCGGAUGAGUUCUGGUUUUGAUCGAAUGGGACCAGCUAUGGGUGGAGGCCUGGACAGGAACAUCGAUAUCGAUCGAGGAUUUGUGCCCGGCCCAAUGGGAAGUGGCAUGAGAGAGAGAUUAGGCUCUAAAGGCAACCAGAUAUUUGUGAGAAAUCUUCCUUUUGACUUGACCUGGCAGAAACUAAAGGAGAAAUUCAGUCAGUGUGGUCAUGUAAUGUUUGCAGAAAUAAAAAUGGAGAAUGGAAAAUCAAAGGGCUGUGGAACAGUCAGAUUUGACUCACCAGAAUCUGCUGAAAAGGCCUGUAGGAUAAUGAACGGCAUAAAAAUCAGUGGCAGAGAAAUUGAUGUACGCUUGGAUCGCAAUGCAUAAUUUAAAACUGUGUUCAGGAACAUUCCUAUGUCUGUUUAGCUUCUCUAUCCUAGUAAGUCAUUUUUAGUAACAUUGUAUGCUUACAAAAGCUGUAAAAAGGAACUUUUAAAUCCCACCAGCCUUUAACAGUAUAGUGUUUAAUAUACUGUGAUACUUGUUAACUGAAUCUUACUAUGUUUGGUUUUUAAAGACAAUUUGCCUGAUUUUUGUUGUUUUUUUUAGAGGCACUGAGCACCUGCAGGUCCCUGUAGACCGUGGAAGCUUUGGAUGCUCAGCGCCUUUGGAAAAUUAGGCCAAGUGUCUCUAGUCAUUCAGUUUAAAUGAAUGGUUAUACUGUUUUUAAUAAAAUAAGCCAUUUUCUCUGUUAA